AAUAAUAACAACAUCCUGUUCCAAUAUUUCAUCACUUUAUGUACCAACACAUUGAGUGAUAUUCGCUUUUAUUUUCGCUGUGUACGCUCUUGUUGUUGCUAGCGGACAAUACCUUCAUUGGUGAAUUAUAUCCCUCACAACGCCUUUGUGAAGACACUUCAAACCACACAACACCAGGCAUCACCCAAAAUGGCCAGCAACACCUACCUUCGUUGGCUUCAAUCGCCCACUACUGCAGGCCUCGCCGACAAUGCCUCGCUCCACUACAUCACCACCACCACAACUAUCAGCGAGCCCACCGCCAUUCUGAAGCAUCUCGCCGCUCAAGCCAAACAGGUGGAAAAGAAGGACGAGAAGGUCUUGAAUGUGGUGAACGAUGACAAUGGAGCCGCCAUCGAGACAUCUACGACUCUUCAAUUCCGCAAUGGCGGUGGUGCCUACCUGCCCUCCAUCGACUCCAACUUGCUGGACGAGCGCACCGUCGUAUUUCCCCUCACACACGUCGUCAGCUUCGACAGCGAAAACCGCAUCCAACAGAUUCGUCUUUACUGGGAUCAAGGAUCCCUCCUUCGACAGGUCGAGGCUAUCGGUAAGACUGGUCGGAACUGGCCCAUUCGUGAUGGAAAGGCUCAGACAGACUUGGUCGCCAGCAGUGUUAAGGCUGGCAACGCUUCUGACACGGGUAGCUCCAAGCCAUCUCGGCCAGCUGAGCAGCCAGCAGCACCCCGCAACACUUCUGAGGUGCCGAUUCGUGGUGGUAGACACAACCGAGAGAGCGUCUCAGUGACUGGCGACCCUCACGCGAGCCUCGCACUAUUCAACGAACGCGAUCCCAACGAGGACAAUGGCAGUUACGCGGGACCUAAGCACUCGACUCGUUCUUCAGCCCGACCGCCUCCACGUGACUACACAGAGCUCUUCGGUGAGGGCGGUGGCAACGAUGACAACCGCCCUCUGUCGCCGAACAAGAAGACUGGCGCUGGCAAGAACUUCAGCGAGAUCCGCCUCUUCAACCAGGACGAGCCACCAGCGGAGCCAUCCUCGCCCGAGCGUAAGCGCACCUACAGCCAGAAGUACGAGCACUUUGCGUUCGGUGAUGGUGAGGAUGCGCCUGCUCUACGCCCUGACAGCCGCCGCGCCGGCAAGAACCAGCCUGCUGCUGCAUUCAGUUUUGAGGACAGGGCCACUCCUCAGAAGCCUAGCACAAAGCCUCGCCCAGGCGAUGAGCGCCACUGGGGUGCUGGUAUUGAUGCGGAAGAUGUCAACUCCCCACAGAAGCGCCCCAUUGUGCACGCCGCUCGUCCUGAUGCUCAGACCCACUUCCAAAUGACCGAUGCAUCACCCGCACCGGAACCAGGCCAAAAGGCUAAGUCUUUCCAACGCCAAAAGGGCAUGGGUCUCUAUCACGAUCCAGUGAUGGAAGAUGAACGCGUCAACCAGUCCACUAGCACCAAUGUAAACAACACGCGCCGUGGUCAAGAAUUUGGCUCACACCAUAACGUUACCGACAACACCACUCGCGGCGGCAAUGACAACACUCACGCCGCUGCCGCCGCUAACAAGGGCCGUAACAACGCCCGCUCUGACAUGAGAUCCAACUGGGACUUUGGAGGUGAGGAGAUGCCCAUUGGCAAGAUCUUCAAGACGGCUGGUGAUGGCAUGGGCUCGCGCCUGGGUGGCCGAUCAUGGGGUAUUGGUGAUGACAGCGACCCGGAGGUCGAGGCUGACAAGAAGAUUCGUGGCGGUCGCGGCGGACGGAGGACAGAGCAGCAGAAGGCAGACGAAUUGGACUUUUAAAGGAUAGUAAGAGAAUGACGCUCACAUCACUUGAAGGAGGGAAGGCGAUCAAAGUUGUGCCUAAGCUAUGGAGAGAUUGAAGGGCCAGCGAGAAAAAGAGCAAGUCAUUCACUAGAAGGCAGCAGUUCUACAAAAUGUGAGAUUUUCUGUUGAGGUUCCUCUGUGGAGGUUCCUCUGAAUAAGUAACAAUCUCCCCAUUGACGUUGACAUGCGAUCCUUCGAUCGCCUCUAAGACACUUAUGAUGGAAAGGCGGACGAAUUCUUGUCCACUUGUAAUGGCUUUUCGUCCGCGCCGCGCGAAAGGAAUGUACUGCCAAGGCUUUCGCCAGACCGGACGGACGAGAGAAUCUAUCCAGCGGGCGGUUGAAAUGAAGGACUUCGCCAAACACUAUUUAUCAUUUGUAUCUACUUCGAUUGUAAAUCCUGGUGAGAUAAUCUACAGCUGCGAAGGUGCUCUCGGGUUUGGGGAUUUCAGCGGCA